CAUUUUCUUUUUUAAGUUCUUGUGCAUAAGUAAUUUUCCAUAGGUCUUUGAGAGAUUUCACAUCCUAUAUCAGAAACUGAACAAAAUGCCCAUUGAACUGUUAGCAAUUCCUAAGAAUGUUUGAAAAGUAAGAAAGUGCAGGUAGGUCAAGAGCUAGUGUGAUCCUCUGCUGUACAUUUAUAUUUUGGCAGAAGCAUCCCACAGGGAAUUCUUCCAAACUUACACGUUCCAUGUCAGGAUUCUGUAGGUAAUGUUAAGAAUAGGAUGAUGCUUUGUGCGUUUGCCCUCCCCUCUGUACUUCCCCCACCCGAAGCUGAAGAUCUGUAUCUGAAAGCCUGAUGCCAAAUAUUGUUUAAUUUUUUGGAUUUAUUUGCAUGAGGCAAGGGUUGUUGGAAGAUGUUUUCUGGCUUGAAAACAGCUGACAAAUGUGGAAAAGUGUUUUAGUUUUCUCAUGCUUCCUGAGUAAUCCUAAAAGGAGUUCCAGCCUCACGUGGUUUUCUUAAGAUACUGGAACGCUUGACUCCAUAAAACCUCUUGGGGAAUCCAUUCAGUGCAGGUUGUGCAGGCGCAGUGGGAGCCGCAGGUUGAGCUCUGGGUGGCGGGAGCCCGGGGCAAGAAGCUGGGAAGUUUUGCCGACCCUUUGCACAACAAAGGGCACGCGGAUCUGCGAUCCUGCCGGGGAACCAGGGACACGGCAGGAGCCCAGGACUCAGCUGGAAGACCCCAGACUAUGGCAUGCAUAAGACUGGGAGGGUGUAAAAGCCCGGGGGAUCCUUGAGGAUACCUCCCCUGGGGCACCUGCUUGGGCUGUUACUCUGGUGUUGCACCAUGAAAAAAUUACCUAAAGGGACCAGAGGUGUGAGGCUCUGCUGUGGGAAACCUGGAUCGAGCUGGCAAGGAAAUCCUGGCUGACUGUGUGAGAGUGGAGAGAGGCAAGCCCGCUGUGAAGAGACUUUGGUCCCAGCAGUGUAACUCUGGUCGUCAGAGUGUGACUGCCACGGUGGCUCCUGGGCUGUCAGACAGGAAAGUUUCCUAAGCAAAUCAUAGGUGCAGAAAUAUUUCUUGCUAAUUUCCAUAGUCAUUUGAGGAUGAAAGUGAUCAGAUAGAUAUCUUUGUUUUUCUUAUUGAUGUCUACAUCUCAUAACUUUCUCUCUCUGUUGUUUUUUAGCAUACGGAUUAACUGAGCCCUUUGACAAGUUUAUGGAGCUGCCAUCUCUCUGCUUCCUGUACCUUCUGUUUCUGAGAGGAGAAAGUGGUGCAUGAGAUUAGAGGAAAAUGCCUCGGACAAAGCAGAUACAUCCCAGAAAUCUGAGAGACAAAAUUGAAGAAGCACAAAAACAACUUAAUGGAACAGAAGACCAACAGAGAGAAAUCACCGAUGCUGGUACUAGAGGAACUCAAGAUACAAUUAAAGGUGUGAAAAGAAAAAAGAUAGUGUCUGAAAAUCAUCUUAAAAAAAUACCAAAAUCGCCUUUGAGAAGCCCUGCUGAAGCCAAGGUUAAGCAAAAUGUAGACCCUUCGCCGCUAAAAGCUCUUCCGGAUGCCUCCGAACAUGCCAGGGCACACGAUCACCUGCCUGUGCAAAAUGGAAAUCAGUGUACCAAACAAAAUGGGGGAGCACUUAGCAGUGAGAUAAGUGUUGAAACAACCAAAUCUGAGACAUCAAUGCAGACAAAGCUUUCACUGACGCAUCAGUCCUUAGAUUUGUGUAAACAGGCAGCGGGCAAUACUGAUGCAAACCAACUGAACUCAGCAGAGAGGAAGCCUCCCUCAAACUCCUCAUCAAGUAAUACAAAGACUGACAGUAAUGAAUGUAUUAAUUUUGUUGACUGCAGUACGUCAUCCCCAUGUACACGUACUGCAUUCGAUGUCUUACUAAAAGCUAUGGAGCCUGAACUGAACACCUUAGCACAAGAGUGCCCCCCUUAUGGAAUGCAAAUAGAGAAACUGAGACCAAAUAAAACUGUAAGCACCUCUUCUAGUCUCACGUCCAAUACAGUAAGUGUCCAAAAUCAGUCUGCUUUGUCACAGCAAGAGUUUGCAGCUGGACCUCACUAUUACCCGUUGAACAAUGUGCAUGUAGCAACAACAGCCAAGACUGGACAAGCACAAGGCCAAUCACUUUCUCAUUCACAAGACCUUAUUACUAAAACCAGUCAGCAAAAUCACCAGGUUGUUAUGUGUCCAAGUUUAACUAGGUCGCUGGUGCAACAGCAGAGUCAAGAAAACCCCAAGCUCCAGCAGAUAUACAGUAUAGCAGUGACUUCAUCUGUUGUUCACACCUCAUCUUCCACUGUAACUCAGGUUUUUUCUCAAAACCCGUUAGUAGCUAGUUCAUCUUCACCAUUGUCAAUUAACACAUCGAGUUCAACACACUUGUCUAUAGGUUCGGUGUAUAAUUCAGCCCAGAUAGCAUCAGUUGUAAACCAUGGUGUAGAACAAAUAUGUAACCUCUUGAAAGACCAGAAGCCUAAAAAGCUAGGGAAAUACGUCUGUGAGUAUUGCAAUCGGGCCUGUGCCAAGCCCAGUGUUCUCCAAAAGCACAUCCGAUCCCAUACCGGAGAGCGACCAUAUCCUUGUGUGACAUGUGGGUUUUCAUUUAAAACCAAAAGCAAUCUCUACAAGCACAAAAAGUCUCAUGCACAUGCCAUCAAACUUGGACUUGUCCUACAACCAGAUUCAGGUGGCCUCUUCUUAUCUCAUGACUCAGACAAAGCACUUAGCAUUCAUUCAGAUGUGGAAGAAAGUGGUGAAAGUGAAGAUGAAGGCACUGCAGAUGAAAGACAAGAUGAUCAAGAACUGGAACCUGCACAAUUAGUGAAAGUUAUUUCAAGUGCAGAAACACUGCAGAAAGGAAGCCCUAUUCCAUUAAGCAACCCAGACUGUAUACCCGGUGAUUCUUCAUUACAUGAUGCAGAACCUCAAGUAAGGGCAGCUUUACCAAAAGUAGUAGUUCAUCCUGUAAAUGUUUCUCCAUUGAGGGCCGACAGCCCAAAAGUGACAGAGCCAGCACCCGAGCUUGCUGCAGCACAGAGAAAAGGAGAUUCUAAAGUCACAACUCUUCAGUCAAAUUUAACACAUACAGCCUCAUUCAAGGAGAAUGACAUAAAGCAGCAUCAGAAAGUAGAAGCAGGCAUGUUAGAAGAACAGCCAGGAUCAACAGGAGGACCAGUGCAUGCUCAACUCCAGAGACAACAGGCAACUGAUGGUUCUCAAGAUCAGCAAGGAAAAUGUCUUUUGAGCCCUAGAAGUUUAGGUAGUACUGAUUCUGGUUAUUUCUCUCGUUCUGAAAGUGCCGAUCAAACAAUGAGCCCCCCAGCUCCUUUUGUAAGGGGGUUGUUGACCUCUGAGAAAGAUCCAAAUAAAAAUCUGCCCUGUGUGCCACGAGCAAGUGGUGUGGUAGCAUCAGUGGUACAAACUGUUUGUGCCGAAAAAAAUAUGAUUCUCUCUGGCCAAAUGCGACCUCCUCUGGCAACAAAAACUCUCGAGGAGCGUAUCUCAAAGUUAAUUUCUGAUAAUGAAGCUGUUGUGGAUGACAAACAGUUAGAUAGUGUGAAACCAAGAAGAACAUCUCUUUCAAGAAGAGGAAGCAUAGAUUCACCAAAAUCCUACAUAUUUAAGGAUUCUUUCCAGUUUGAUUUAAAGCCCAUGGGAAGAAGAACUAGCUCCAGCUCUGAUAUACCAAAGUCUCCUUUCACACCCACUGAGAAAUCCAAGCAAGUUUUCCUUCUUUCUGUACCAUCCCUUGACUGUUUACCUAUAACACGAAGUAAUUCCAUGCCUACCACCAGUUACUCAGCAGUACCUCCUAAUGUCAUACCUCCCUCUCAUCCCCUUCGAGGAAGCCAGUCAUUUGAUGAUAAAAUUGGCUCUUUAUACGAUGACGUUUUUGUGUCGGGACCUGCUACUCCACUGAACCAAGGUGGACAUCCUCGGACUCUGGUUAGACAGGCAGCAAUAGAAGAUUCUUCUACUGCUGAAGGCCAAGGUCUUGGACCAGUGCGAUCUGUAGAAGAAGGUUAUCUGGGGUGUAAUUUAUCAAAUGAAUCCUUACUGCAAAGGAGCAAAUCCCUGGCACAGGGAUCAAAUUUAGAAAAAACAAAGAAGUCCCCUCAGGUGCGAGGAACAAUGUUUGAAUGUGAAACUUGCAGGAACAGAUAUAGAAAACUGGAAAAUUUUGAAAACCACAAGAAAUUUUAUUGUUCAGAGUUGCACGGACCUAAAACUAAAGCAGCAAUCCGAGAGCCUGAGCACAAAACUGCUCCAAACAGUACACAGCCCCAAAUUCUACACUACAGAGUCACAACUUCAACUGGUGUCUGGGAGCAGACUCCCCAGAUAAGGAAAAGAAGAAAAAUGAAGAGUGUCGGUGAUGAUGAUGACCCACAGCAAAAUGAUACAAGCGUACCAUCGAAGAACACAGAAGGCCAAAGCAAGCCAGCAAAUUCUUCCAGUCUGUCAAAACACAGUGCCACAAGUGUGGUAGGAUCACAACAACCAAGCAAACUUCUUCUUCAGAAUUCACAAAUUCAGCUUGUGGCUCGUGGUACAGAUCAGACUGCUGAGCCAAAGAUGACUCCACUCAUUGAAAAGCAGGCAAGUUCAACUGUGCAAGAAAAGGUGGAGUUGAAGAGACAAGGGACUGGCAUUUCAGUAAUACAGCACACAAAUUCACUGAGCAGAAAUAGCUCAUUUGAGAAAUCAGAGUCAUUUGAAAGAGCAUCACCAGUUUCUUCUCAAGAGCCCAACAAGGUUGCAAAGCACCGCUCUUUGAAUACGGUUGUAAUCCAAGAAGACAGACACUCUCACCUGAGCACUCCCCAGCGUCACCAGCCCUUGUCAUCAGAAUCGCCUAGAGGGGAAGUUCAGGGAAGCCAAUUAGUUUCUAAUGAGAGAAAUGCUCCACUUCAGCCAUCAAGACUCGUUCGCCAGCAUAACAUCCAGGUUCCUGAAAUACUGGUCACAGAAGAACCGGACAGAGAGCAAGAAAACCAAUGCAGCGACCCAGAAAAGACAGAAAGGUUCAACUGGCCACAACGCAGUGAAACGCUGUCAAAAUUGCCAACAGAAAAGCUUCCACCGAAGAAGAAGAGGAUUCGGUUGGCUGAAAUGGAACAUUCAUCUGCUGAAUCAAGCGUUGACUCUACACUUUCCAGAAGCUUAAGUCGAGAGAGUAGCUUGUCUCAUGCCUCCAGCUUCUCAACUUCACUUGAUAAAGAUGAAACUUUAAAGGCUGAGACCCUUUCCAAAGCAGAGCCUGUUAGUAAGUCUUCAGAAUUCCUCAUGAUUCCUGCUGGCUCACAUGCACUGGCAGUGCCUGGACCUCAUUACCGGGAAAUGAGACGUGCUGCCUCAGAGCAAAUCAGCUGCACACAGCCCUCGAUGGAGGUUGUGGACUACAGGAGUAAGUCUUUCGACUGCGGAAGCAUGUCUCCAUCAAAACCUGUCCCAAUUGUAGAGGUAGCCACUCCGAAAGUGUCAUCUGCAAAUGGAGCUGCUGGACACGUGCCUCUGCUAGAAAGGAGGAGGGGGCCAUUUGUAAGACAAAUAUCUUUAAAUAUUGCUCCAGAAAAUCAACAGCCUCAAGUGAAAUCAGCUUCUUCCUUGCAGGCAGCUCAUGCCGCAGAUGUGUCCACAGUGCCAUUGCACAGGCUGCAGACCCCUGGCAAAUCCUUGGUGGAGUUUCCUUCAGGUACUCAGCAUUCACAGACUAACUCCAGGCCUCAUUCAGCAAUUCAAAAUUGUAAUCCUGUUAGCCUAUCUUCAGCUCAGCAGCCUCCAGAUCACAUGUUGAAUAAUCAAGGCCAACCAUCCUUGACUCAUCAGCCUUCCCAGCCAUCUACUAAAACAUCAGCCCAAGGGGAGCAAGCAAGUGUGAACUCUCUUUCUUGUCAUCCUGAUGAAAAAAAGGACUGUUUUGCUCCAAAGUAUCAACUUCAAGUUAAAACAUUACAUAUAGGUCAGCCAUACUCUUCUAAAUUGCUAAAAAAUACUUUAUCAACUCAGACUGGUCCAAGUCAAGUUGGGGCAGACCAGAAUGCAUCUUCCAUUGAAGUGCAGACAAAACUCUCUGACAUGUGUAAUCCAUAUUCUGUGCCUCCUCUAAAGCAAAUCGUUCCUAAUAACUGCAGCAGUCAGAUACAUCAGAUUCCUCCUUUUGUGGUUCCUGUCCGUAUUCAGAGCAGUAUGCCAUCCUAUGGCUUCGCAACUGUUACACCUCUGCCUCACAUUUUAGUGACCCAGGAUCAGGGAAAUCAGUCCGUCUGCAAAACAAAUGUUGUGACAGUGCCAACGCUUGAAGGCAAAACUCAGCUGCCAAAAUCUCACAAAGAUCAUCAGAGGACUUUGCCAAAUUCAUUUGAAUUUGAAAAUUUACCACUGGAAAGCGGAACCAGAAAUUCACCUUUGUCAAGCUCUUCAAAUAUCAUUCAGAAAGUGCCAGUUAGCGGACUCUUCCCUCAACCAGAAGUUACAGCUUCAAGUAAACGAAUGCUUUCCCCAGCAAACAGUUUAGAUAUUGCCAUGGAAAAACAGCAAAAGCGUGUUAAAGAUGAGAGUGGAGCUGCUUGUAUGGCAGAUGCUAGACCAUUGCAUUCACUGGGCGUUAGAUCUAAUGACUCUACUACUAAGCAAAAGAAACCAGUUUUAGUAAGACAGGUUUGCACCACAGAGCCCCUUGAAAAUCACCUCUUGGAUCCUGAUGUUACACAGCAUGAAAAAAGCAGCAAGGCCAGUACUUCAGACCUGCCUGACCAUCAGUCAUCUGACACUGGGGUUUCAGAAACCCUAAAGAAGUCACCAGAAUCCGAAGACCUUAAGUCUUCUGCGUCACCAGUGUUUGUAGUUAGGAAACCUUCUGAACUGUCUCCAGUGAAUAGCCAGAGCUCUCUUCUCAAGGCUGUAAGUAGCAGCCAAGAAAGAAGGUCCCCAAGUAACAGUGAUGAGAGCACGAGCAUCAGCAGCCCGGGCCAAGCAAAGCCUGUAGUGACACUGGCUUUGAUGAAUGCAGGAGAAAUGCAGAAGUUGUCUUUUCCAAGCCUCAAGACCACAACAAAUUUUACCUGGUGUUACCUCAUGAAGAGAAAACCAUUGCAUCUGCUGCAAAAUGAUCAAAAAAUCUCUGCCUAUUCUACAUGGACCAUUAGUCCCAACAACCCCAAUCCACUCGGUUUGUCGACAAAGGUAGCUCUCUCCCUCCUCAAUUCCAAACAAAAAGCUGAAAAACCACUGUACACUCUAGCAAGAACUACACACCCCAGAUCUGAUGUGUUGGUCUAUUCAAGCAAGUGGAAGAACAGCUUGACCAAGCGAGCAUUAAAUAGGAAAAAAUUGACUCCAACUGAAUUCAGCAAUAAGGAAAACUCCGAAUCAAGCACUGAGCAUGAUAAAGAAAACUCCUUUAUCAAAACUGUACCAAGAAGAGUUAAAAUAUUUGAUGGAGGGUACAAGUCAAAUGAAGACUAUGUGUAUGUGAGAGGGAGAGGAAGAGGGAAGUAUAUCUGUGAGGAAUGUGGAAUACGUUGCAAGAAGCCCAGCAUGCUGAAGAAGCACAUUCGCACACACACCGAUGUCCGUCCUUACCACUGCAAUUACUGCAACUUUUCCUUCAAAACUAAAGGAAAUUUAACAAAGCAUAUGAAGUCAAAGGCACAUAGCAAGAAGUGCAUGGAUUUGGGAGUCUCAGUAGGCUUAAUAGAUGACCAGGAUGGAGAAGAAGAAUUUGGUGAGAAGCAAAGAUUUGGUUAUGACCGGUCAGGAUAUGAUGUGGAGGAGUCUGAUGGCGGGGAUGAAGAUGAAAAUGACAAUGAGGACGAUGAUGAAGACAGCCAGGCUGAGUCAGUGCUAUCCACAACGCCCUCAGUGACAGCCAGCCCCCAGCACCACCCGUCUCGCCACGGCCUGCAGGAUGCCUCCAGCACCGACGAUGACAUCCGCCUUCCAGACUGCAUCACUGGGGCUCACACGGACUCCAUGGAUGGUCUCCCAAAAGCGCUGCUCACCAAGAUGACUGUCCUUAGCACAGUGCAGUCAGUCAGCAGGACCUCCAGGACACCAGCAGAGUCCACCCUUCAGGAGGCACAUGAGGGCAAAGUCCAGGAGAGAGCAGUGGGUCCCUGCAGUGCUGAUGCGGCACUGACGGACAUCACUCCGGCAUCUCCAGGUCGCCAGAUGUCUGUGGAUUACCCUGAUCCAGAUACAACCUUGGGUCACUCCUUAAUAUCAACUGCAGCUCUUACAAAGAGCACGCCCUCCAUCAGCUCCCCGUCCUCACCAGACCACAGCAUGCCGAGCACGGUGCCGUCACCCUACACCGAAAUCCCAGAGGAGAAGCCGGCUGCCGAGCCGAGAGCUCCCCAGACUCACCUCUUCAGCCACCUGCCCCUGCACUCGCAGCGCCAAGCCAAGGCUCCCUACGGCAUGGUGCCGGUCGGGGGCAUCCAGGUGGUCCCUGCUGGCCUGGCCACCUACUCCACCUUUGUUCCCAUCCAGGCGGGGCCAGUGCAGCUCACUAUCCCAGCUGUAAGCGUGAUUCACAGAACUACCAGCGCCCUCGGCGAGACGGGCGGCACGGCCACCGGCACCACCACGAAUCCCGUGGGAGUGGCCGAGGUGAACAGCAUGGUGCCGUGCAUUCCCAUCGGCCAGGUGAGCGUGCCGGGCAUUCAGGGGCUCAGCACGCCCAACCUGCAGCCUCUACCGCCGCUGGGCAUGGAGACAGUGAACAUCCUGGGCCUGGCAAACACCAACAUCGCCCCGCAGAUGCGCCCCCCAGGAAUUACCCUCAACGCCGUGGGCCUCCAGGUGCUGGCGGCUGGCGCGGCCCCGCAGGGCACCCCCAGCCCACAGGGACACCUUCCCGGCCUGCAGAUCCUGAACAUCGCCCUGCCGACCCUCAUCCCCUCCGUCAGCCCCGCCGAGGGGCACGCGGCCUCCGAGGCACCCAGCGCAGGCUCCAAAGCCGGCGAGGUCCAGCUGGAGCCAGCUCCUGUCGGCUUCCCCGUGGCCGAGGCUGGCCUGGCCAGCCGGGAUGCUUCUCCUGGUGGCCAGCGAUACAGUGGGAAGAGCCAUCCCGAGCCCACUCCGCUGCCCAACCCCGUUGGUCCAGGGAAAGCUGAUCCUGAAAAGACUGACCUCACGAACCCCAGCAAGCCAAAGCGUGACCUCCCUGCCCUCCAGGUGAAGAGGGCUGCCCCGGCAGAGCCCCGCUCCAAGGUGAAUCCCAACACGUUAACCAAGUCCCCAGUCCACCGAACUGUGACUCCGGACAGACAGGUACCCAGGCCAGCCGCCCCGCCCCAGAGGCAAAACACGGUGCAGUUUAGCGAUGGCAGCAGUGACGAUGAGGAUAGACUUGUAAUAGCAACCUAGCUUUUGUUUUUCAUUGUGUUUUUAUUUUUAGGGUUUUUUGGGUUUUUUUUAUAACACUUGCAGGUUUCUUUGCAAACCUUCCUUUCCUUAAAGCACAUUUUUCUGACACAAACCCAUUACUAAUCUUCGUGCAAUCAUGAACUCUUGACCAAUAAUUGUUGUUUCUUGUCAGCUCCAGCCAUUUUUGUACAUGUUGUAUAGACAAUUGUGCCUUUUUGGAGUUUUAUGUUUAGAAACCUGUACAGAUUGUUGAAUAUAUAUAUAUAAAAUAUAUAUAUAUAAAAUAUGUAUAUUAAAACCAGGUAGUUGCUUGUGUUUAGUAAGUAAACAUCCUAUGUCAGAUAAAUAAAGGAUUAAAUUAUAUGUUGCACUGUUAAAUGUAAAUUUUUAUGGCUGUGGGACAAAGUUUCUGUGUACAGAUCUAGUAUGUAAAACUCCAUAUUUAUUGUAUCCAUAUUAGUCUUGGAAAAGGGUCUGUCCAUCUUUCUUGUGUAAGACGGUAGCUUUACACUUCAAAGAGAAAUACAGUAUCUGUGUUACAAAAUAUUACAGUAAAAUUUUGUUUACUGACUUUA